AUGACCCAACCACCUGGAUUUGUUGAUCAAUCUCAACCCCAUCAUGUUUGCAAACUUCGGAAGUCCCUCUAUGGUCUUAAGCAAGCACCUCGUGCUUGGUAUGAAGAACUGUAUACCACUCUCCUUUCCCUUGGUUUCCAGUCUUCCACUGCUGACCCCUCCCUCUUCAUUCACACCAGCUCCUCAAUUACCUUUCUCUUAGUAUAUGUUGAUGAUAUUCUUAUCACGGGUUCCUCCCCCACCACGUGCAAUCACUUCAUUUCUCAACUUAGCUCCCGUUUUGCAAUGAAAAACCUUGGCCCCCUCCAUUAUUUUCUUGGCAUUCAAGUCCACCGCACCCCCACCUCCAUCUUUCUUUCUCAAGCCAAGUAUAUUCAAGAACUCCUCACCAAAGCCUCCAUGGUUGACUGCAAACCUUGCACCACCCCAGCCUCUCUUGUUAAGCUUGACACUACCUCUGGUGAUUUACUCCAUGAUCCAACUCAGUACAGGUCUCUUGUAGGUGCUUUGCAAUAUCUCACUUGGACACGCCCUGACAUUGCCUUUGCCGUGAAUCAAGUAUGUCAGCAUAUGCAGACCCCACGCAUACCUCAUUUGUCAGCAGUAAAACGCAUCCUUCGCUUCCUCAAAGGAACUCCGGAUCAAGGACUUCUCUUCACCAAAGGCAGUCAAGAUCUCAUUGCUUACUCAGAUGCGGACUGGGCAGGUUGUCCUAUUGAUCGCCGAUCCGUCACUGGUUUUUGUCUCUAUCUUGGUCCUAAUCUUAUCUCAUGGUGUGCCAAGAAGCAGCCUUGUGUCUCCAGGUCUUCCACUGAAAGUGAAUAUCGCUCCCUUGCCCAAACAGCCAGUGAAAUUACUUGGUUAUGUGGCCUCCUCAAAGACCUUCACUUUUAUCUUGCUCACCCUCCCCUCCUUCUUUGUGAUAAUGUGAGUGCUCUUGCCCUUGCCUCCAAUCCUGUUUUCCACGCAAGAAGUAAACACAUCGAGGUCGACUAUCAUUAUAUCCGUACUCUAGUCACUAGUAAUUCCAUCACCAUUUCCUACCUCCCUACCCAUGACUAA